AUGGACGACAUACCUCCCAGCGACAAUGUGUGUUCCGCGAUCUUCGAUAUCGCAGAUGCAAUGUCGGCAGCUUUGAAUACACUGACAAUGAGUCUUCAGUUUGACCCCAAACUUGUGAAGCUAGACUAUUAUCAUGGAUGGUUACCUAGGGAGGAUGUGCGUUAUCUAUUACAACGAAACGGCGAUUUUCUUGUCAGAAUCACAGAGGCAGAUGGUAAACUGGAUAUGAUUCUUUGCACACUUUACGAUGAAGAGGGCCGAUAUCAAGAUAAAAACGGUCCCGUAGAAGAAGAAGAUGUUUUUAACUUAAUUAUACAUAGUGCACGUAACAAGUAUUACAUCGGUAACUUCUUGCUAUUUAAAAGUGUAGACGAAUUAACAAAUUACUACUCAAAGCAUUCACUUGCAAUAAAUGAUUUAAAGCUGAAACUUCGCAGACCAAUUACUCUAGCAUCGUGGGAAUUACGAGCAGACGAAUUACAAUUAGGAAAGACCAUAGACAAAUCAGGCUGUAUAGAAAUACGAAAGGGUCUAUUCAAACGAGAAAAUAAGAAUUGGGAAACUGCUGUGACAUCGGUACGAGGGAGGUCCGCAGCUGCAAAGCUCACUAUUCAAGAAAUGAUGCGCCAAUGUCGCUUGCUACGAGAUCUUCACCAUCCAUGUGUUAUUGAAUAUUAUGGUGUAUGUCUAGUAACACAUCCAUGCUGCUUUCUUCUGGAAUAUGUACCAGGAGGACCGCUAGAUGAUUAUCUUAAAAGUAAAGAAGGUAAAAUGAAAAAAGAAGAGAUGCUGCGAAUGAUUGUCAGUGCCGGUUGGGGUCUAGAGUUCAUACACUCAAACUACAUCAUUCACCGAGACUUGAGCGCGAAGAACUGUUUCUAUGACAGGCAAAUGGUAAAAUUGAGUGGAUUUGGACUAGCGCGAAAAACAUUGAACUACACCAUGAAGGCGCUGAAAAAGCUAGCGGUGAACUGGAUGGCACCAGAAACAUUGAAAGAUUUCCGCUACAGUCAAAAAUCAGAUGUAUACUCGUUUGGGGUCCUUGUAUUUGAAAUUUUCUCUCAGAGGGAGCCGUACGAAGGGGUACCAAGUCAAGAAGUAAAGGCACUUAUAUUAGAAGGUAAACUAAACGAUUUUCCACCGGAAACUCCAAAAAAACUGGCAGAUUACGUACUUGACAAACUGUGGGAUAAUAAUCCUAGCAAACGACCAAGCAUGACUGAGGCAUGCGAAUUUUCUCUUCCUUUCGAUAGCAGAGCCACGGUUCGUCCAGAUCCUAAUGCUCCGGCAUUCAAAGACGUCACCUACGGAGGAGAACAUGACAGCCAAUACGGAGUUUCAACACAGUCCACAGUCAAAUCCCAAACUCAACGCAGUGCAGAUACUAGAAGUGUCGACACUCGAAGAAGACCACAGAGUGCCUUGUCGCAGCCUAGGGCACUACCAGGAGAAGGUGGCGGUCAGCCACAGCCUGCUUCAACAACUGAGGCUGAAAAUGAGUUGGAAUACGAGAAUUUGGCAGCGGUUUCGAUGCAGCAUCCUAGUAGACUAAGAACUUACCAAGCAACGCAAACUGGAACACCAAGGCAAGGUAGAACACCAACGCAAGCUAGAACACCACCACAAGCUAGGGCACCAACGCAAGCUAUGACACCGACGAAAUUGAUGAGUACGUCGCCUGGCCUCGCAAGAGGUGGAAAACCGUACACUUCACUGAAAACCGGUAGAACACCCAGUAAUCUGUCAUUUCAACCACAAUCCGUAAAGCCUGCCACGUUGCCAGCACAAGCACCAACUGCGCAAACUCUCCAACAGCAGCAAAUGCCAGAGAUGCAAGAGCAGCCUGGUCAAAUGGAAUAUGAGAAUUUGGCAGCACUGUCUCAACAACAACCCAAUCAACAAUUGCCAGGUGCUGCUACAAAACAGUACACACCACUGUCGGCACAGCAACGAACGGGUACAUUUAACCAACCGAUUCCUGGAUCACCAGCAGUACCUACCCAAAGAUUUACAGCGAGAAUAGGCACUCAACAGCUUCAGCUCCAACAACAAGCUCCCAUUUCUGCCAAAGGUGCUCCCACAAGACCAAUCUCGGCUCAGCAAAUGCAGCAAAUGUCACACAAGACUCCAACAGCUUUGCUGACUGCGCAGGCUAUGGGACAGCAAACAUUAGGAACGGCUGUUUACCCUGAACAAGGAAUGCAACCACAACAAGUACCUAUGUUCGUUGAACAAAAUAUUCCAGUAGAGCAGAUGGGAGUCCAACAAGUCGAGCAACAAAUACCUUUCGACAAUAAUCUCUUGCCGGGAAUGGAAGUAUCACCCAUGGCCGCUCAGCCUGUACAACAACAACCUGUGUCAUUAAAGACUGCUGCUGCUCAGAAGACUCGUACGAGAGCAGUAAGUGCUCAGCAACAACAGCAGAUGUCAUAUAGAACAGCACAACAAAUGGGACAGCAAAUGCAAGGCAAUCCUGGCGUACCUGAACAAGUUAUUCCUGGCCAGCAAAUAGUCGCAAAUCAGCUGCUACAACUCCCACCUCUACCUAACCAAGGUGUUCCUGUAUUUGAUAUGGGAGCACAGCCAGUACAGCAGAUUUCAGUCAAGACUGCCGCUGGACUUAGUCGAAAAACAGCUGCGGCACCGGUGGCGGCACAACAAUUACAACAAAUGUCGUAUAAGCCUGGAGGAGUCGGCAUGAAACCUAUGACUGCACAACAGCUGGUCCAGCAAGUUUCAGUAAAGCCUGCCACCAUGCCUUUUGUACCUGGUAAGCCUACGAGGCCGAUAACUCAACCACAGCAACAAUUCCCGGCAGCUGCUCCAGUUUCUGCGCAACGAAGUGCAGCUCCACCAAUACCUGGAAAAUCGCUCCAAAUGCAGCAACAGUUCCCGCCAUCGCCUGGUGCAUUUCUGCCUCAAGGGUUCUCACCGUCCAAAAUGUUUUGA